AUGACCGCGGUGAACGGCAACGUCGCCAAGGACGACGAAAAUCGUUUGUCACAUUAUAAAACGAAUAUUGUCUUGGGCGAAUCCUUUGCCUCCGCAGACAAGGAACGCAAAAGCUUCCAACCGAAUAAAACGAAAAAGAAUUCCAAGCAUGACGAAUCAACGGAUAGUACCGACGAUGACAAGCCAAAGGAAGACAUCAAGCCGGUGGGUUUCUUCACCAUGUUCCGCUAUGCAACAACAAGGGAUCGCAUGCUCUACAUGAUCGGUCUGCUCUGCGCGGUGGCCACCGGCCUGACAACGCCGGCCAACAGCUUGAUCUUUGGAAAUCUGGCGAACGACAUGAUUUACUAUAGCGGACUUGUGCCGGGCGCCACAUAUAUGAAAGAAUCGUCGGUUACCGAACUCCUCCAGGAUGCAGUGCAGAAGUUUUCGCUAUACAACACAUAUAUUGGCAUCGUGAUGCUGUUCUGCAGUUACAUAUCCAUCACGGUUUUCAAUUAUGCGGCCCACUCACAGAUAAUGAGCAUACGUUCCAAGUUUUUCAAAUCCGUGCUGCAUCAGGACAUGACCUGGUACGAUAUCAAUCCGAGCGGAGAGGUUGCCAGCCGAAUGAAUGAAGAUCUGUCAAAGAUGGAGGAUGGUCUGGGCGAGAAAGUUGUCAUAUUUGUGCAUUUCAUAGUCGCAUUCAUUGGAUCCAUUGUCCUGGCCUUUGUCAAGGGCUGGCAGCUGGCCCUCGUGUGCCUGACCAGCUUGCCGGUGACCUUUAUAGCCAUGGGCUUCGUGGCCGUGGCCACAUCCAAGCUGGCCAAACAGGAGGUCAACAUGUAUGCGGGCGCCGCCAUCGUCGCCGAGGAGGCCUUGUCCGGCGUGCGCACGGUCAAGGCGUUCGAGGGUGAAUACAAGGAGGUCGCCGCCUACAAGGCGAAAGUCGUUGCGGCCAAGGAGCUAAACAUCAAGCGCAAUAUGUUCUCCGGCAUUGGCUUCGGCCUUUUGUGGUUCUUCAUCUACGCCUCGUACGCCCUGGCUUUCUGGUAUGGCGUUGGCCUGGUUCUCAAGGGACGUGAAGACCCAUAUUAUGAAAACUAUACGCCCGGCACUAUGAUAACCGUGUUCUUCUCGAUCAUGAUGGGCUCGAUGAACAUAGGCAUGGCGUCUCCGUAUAUUGAGGCAUUCGGCAUAGCCAAGGGUGCCUGUGCCAAGGUGUUUCACAUCAUUGAGCAGAUCCCAAUUAUCAAUCCGAUUGAGCCGCGCGGCCAGAGCCUCAACGAGCCGCUGACAACCAUCGAAUUCCGCGACGUCGAGUUCCAGUAUCCCACGCGCAAGGAGAUACCCAUUCUGCAGAAGCUCAACCUGCGGAUUCAUCGCGGCCAGACGGUGGCUCUGGUGGGCCCCUCGGGCUGUGGCAAGUCCACCUGCAUACAGCUGAUACAGCGCUUCUACGAUCCCCAGGGCGGUGAACUCUUCUUCAACGGCACAAACAUCAAGGACAUCAAUAUUAAUUGGCUGCGCGAGCGCAUCGGCGUGGUCGGCCAGGAGCCGGUGCUCUUCGGCCAGUCCAUAUACGAGAACAUACGCUAUGGUCGCGAGGAUGCCACCAAGGAGGACAUUGAGGCGGCAGCCGCGGCAGCAAAUGCUGCCAUCUUCAUCAAGAAACUGCCCAAGGGCUACGACACGCUCGUGGGAGAGCGCGGAGCUCAACUGUCCGGCGGCCAGAAACAACGCAUUGCCAUUGCCCGCGCUCUGAUCCGUGACCCGGAGAUUCUGUUGUUGGAUGAGGCGACCUCGGCGCUCGAUACGGCCAGCGAGUCAAAGGUGCAGGCCGCCCUGGAAAAGGUCAGCCAGGGACGCACCACCAUCAUUGUGGCCCAUCGUCUGUCCACGGUGCGUCGCGCGGACAAAAUCGUGGUGAUCAACAAUGGCCAGGUCGUCGAGGCCGGCACCCACCAGGAGCUGAUGAUGCUGAAGAACCACUACUUCAAUUUGGUGACCACGCAGAUGGGCGAUGACGACGGCAGCCUGCUCAGUCCCAGUGGCAACAUCUACAAGAACUUUGAUAUCAAGGAUGAGGACGAGGAGGAAAUCAAGAUAAUUCAGGACGAUGUCGAGGAGGAAGUGGCACAGGUAGAAAAAAAGAAGAAGAAGAAGAAGACAAAGCGGGACAAAAACGCGGGCUCACCAAUGCGGGGCAUCAUGAAGCUGAAUCAACCGGAAUGGGUGCAGAUCGCCAUCGGCUGCGUAUGCUCGAUCAUAAUGGGCUGUGCCAUGCCCAUUUUCGCGGUGCUCUUCGGUAGCAUUCUGCAGGUGCUGCAAUCCAACGAUCCUGUAUACGUGCGGGACAACACCAACGAGUACAGCCUGUACUUCCUGAUCUCCGGCAUUGUCGUUGGACUGUCCACCUUCAUGCAGAUCUACUUCUUCGGCGUGGCGGGCGAACGUCUCACGGAACGCAUUCGGGGUCUCCUCUUCAGCGGCAUGCUGAAGCAGGAGAUUUCCUGGUUCGAUGAUCGUGCCAACGGCACGGGCAAUCUCUGUGCCCGACUGUCGAGCGAUGCAGCCGCCGUACAGGGCGCGACUGGUCAGCGUAUUGGCAGCAUCAUCCAAUCGAUCGCCACCCUGUUGCUGGGCAUCGGCCUGGCCAUGUACUACGAGUGGAGCUUGGGGCUGGUGGCCAUGGCAUUCAUACCCUUUAUUCUGGUCUCCUUCUAUUUGCAACGCACUGUCAUGGCGCAGGAGAACAUGGGCAAUGCCAAAAUCAUGGAGAACACAACCAAACUGGCCGUCGAGGUGGUCUCCAAUAUACGCACUGUGGUGUCCCUGGGCCGCGAGGACAUGUUCCAUAGCACCUACAUUGAAAUGCUGGCUCCAGCCGUUGAGAAAUCCAAGAAGAACACGCACUAUCGUGGCAUUGUCUAUGGUCUGGCUAGAUCCAUGAUGUUCUUUGCCUAUGCGGCCUGCAUGUCCUAUGGCGGCUGGUGUGUGGUUAAUCGGAAUCUGCCAUUUGGCGAUGUCUUCAAAGUAUCGCAGGCAUUGAUAAUGGGCACGGCAUCCAUUGCCAGCGCCUUGGCCUUUGCGCCCAACAUGCAAAAGGGGAUCAGUGCCGCCGAGACCAUAUUGAAAUUCCUGGAGCGCAAGCCGCUAAUUGCCGACAGUCCUGAUGUCUCAUUGAAGCCCUGGCACUCGAAGGGCAAUGUGUUCUUCGACAAGGUGGAAUUCAGCUAUCCCACACGUCUUGAAGUCCAGGUGCUCCGCGGCCUAAUUCUGGCAGUGCAAACGGGCCAAAAGGUGGCUUUGGUGGGUCCAUCUGGCUGUGGCAAGUCCACGUGCAUUCAGCUACUGCAACGCUUCUAUGAUGUGGACGCUGGUGCUGUCCGGAUCGAUGAUCAGGAUCUCCGACAAUUGGCCAUUUCGAAUCUGCGCAUGCAGCUGGGCAUUGUCUCGCAGGAGCCAAUACUAUUCGAUCGUAGUAUUCGCGAAAAUAUUGCAUAUGGCGACAAUUCCAGAAUAGUCACGGACCAGGAGAUCAUAGCGGCGGCCAAGAAGUCCAACAUACAUGGCUUUAUUGCCAACCUGCCGCUGGGCUAUGAAACCCGUAUGGGCGAGAAGGGCACACAGUUAUCCGGAGGACAGAAACAACGUAUUGCCAUUGCUCGAGCCCUUAUCAGAAAUCCGAAAAUUCUCCUGCUGGAUGAGGCCACAUCCGCAUUGGAUGCGGAAAGUGAAAAAAUCGUGCAAGAGGCAUUAGAUGCGGCCGCCGAGGGACGCACCACAAUUAGCAUUGCCCACAGAUUGUCGACCAUUGUCGACUCGGAUAUUAUCUAUGUGUUCGAGAAUGGAGUCGUCUGUGAGAGCGGCACCCACAAAGAACUGCUCCAGAACCGUGGACUCUACUACACAUUGUACAAACUGCAAACAGGCGCCAUGUAAAUGGCACUCUAGGCUAACGAAUUUCGAUCAAUGACAACCUAGGAUCUAAGCGCGAUUAGUAUUAUACUGUAAAUAAAACACACGCAUCUAAUUCGAUAGGAACAUUUUAGCACAUAAGAAAUCAAAGCAUAUUUAUGAAUUUACCGACAUUGUUGGGCACACUUUAAGCUAAAUAAAUUUUGUAAAAAUUAAA